AAAGCAUCGUAUCUACUGUUUCAUGGUGUAGAACUGGCGUGCAGCACAAUAGUGUAUGGAUCAUAGCCCUUUUCAUUUUAUUUUUUGCAAAAAAUAAUUGCAGGAAAAAAGAAAAUUUACAUAAAACCUACCAAUUAGUGGAUCUGCAAAGGAUUUUGUUUUGUUAAAGCCCGGUCAAAAUGUCAACGGGUAAAGAAAUCGGGGGAGCCCAACAUGCUCAAUAUGUGGGACCAUAUCGACUGGAAAAAACGCUUGGAAAGGGACAGACAGGGUUGGUGAAGCUUGGAGUCCACUGUGUAACAUGUCAAAAGGUUGCAAUAAAGAUCGUCAACAGGGAGAAGCUCAGUGAGUCUGUGCUAAUGAAGGUGGAACGGGAGAUCGCCAUCUUGAAGUUAAUAGAACAUCCACAUGUUUUAAAGCUACAUGAUGUCUAUGAAAAUAAAAAAUAUUUGUACUUGGUGCUAGAACAUGUUUCCGGGGGAGAACUCUUUGAUUAUCUUGUGAAAAAAGGACGAUUGACACCAAAGGAAGCCAGAAAAUUCUUCAGACAAAUCAUAUCUGCGUUAGAUUUCUGCCAUAGUCAUUCAAUAUGCCACAGGGACUUGAAACCAGAAAAUUUAUUGUUGGAUGAAAAGAAUAACAUUAGGAUAGCAGACUUUGGAAUGGCUUCACUGCAGGUUGGCGACAGCUUGUUAGAAACCAGCUGUGGUUCACCCCAUUAUGCCUGUCCUGAAGUCAUCAGGGGAGAAAAGUAUGAUGGUCGAAAAGCAGAUGUCUGGAGCUGUGGUGUCAUCCUUUUUGCACUCUUGGUGGGAGCACUGCCAUUUGACGAUGAUAAUCUGAGACAGUUAUUGGAAAAAGUAAAACGUGGAGUGUUUCAUAUGCCACACUUUAUACCACCGGACUGCCAAAACCUCUUAAAGGGAAUGAUUGAGGUGGAUGCUUCAAAACGCUUGACUCUAGACCAGAUCCAAAAACACUCUUGGUAUAUAGGCCCCAUGGCAAGUGUUUUGCAUGAAUUAAGGUGCAUUGAAAAGGAAAUUUUACCUGCUAGUGGGGGUAAGAAUGAACCUGAGCCAGAGCAGCCUGUUCCAAGAAAGGUACAGAUCCGUUCACUACCGUCACUGGAGGAUAUCGACCCUGAUGUCUUGGACAGCAUGCACUCGCUGGGUUGUUUUAGAGAUAAAAACAAGCUAAUGCAAGAUUUGGUGUCAGAAGAAGAAAAUCAAGAAAAAAUGAUAUAUUUUCUUCUUCUUGAUCGGAAAGAGCGGUAUCCAAGCCAUGAAGAUGAAGACUUGCCUCCUCAAAAUGAUAUAGAUCCACCUAGAAAAAGAGUAGACUCACCAAUGUUAAAUCGGCACGGCAAGCGGCGACCUGAACGGAAGUCGAUGGAAGUACUGAGCGUAACAGACGGGGGCUCUCCAGUUCCAGCACGGCGUGCUAUAGAGAUGGCACAGCACGGCCAGAGUAAAAGUAUGUUCAGUAAAAGCUUGGAUAUCACAGAUGCCAAUCCCAGAAUCAACAAAGAAGAAAGAUCACGAUCAAUAAGUGGAGCAUCAUCUGGCCUCUCCACCAGCCCUCUAAGCAGUCCAAGGCCUAUCAGAAAGUUUUUUGCUCCCGCCCAGAUUCCCGAGCUUAACCCCUGGCCCAAAUCACAUUCCCCCAUUAUUCCUCAUUGUCAUAGAAAUACAACAAAGCCCAGUAAUGUGCUUCAACCAAAGAUAGGGUUUCAAUCCAAUACAAUGACUCAGACUCUUCCUUCUAAGAGUAAGCUCACAGAUAAACCUUUGCAAGCCACUAAAUCUAAUCCUGUUGUAAUAUCGGAAACACGCCCUCCUCAGAACCCUCCUGUUAAAAACGUACAGAGUCAGCAAAGCGCAGUCACGUCACCAACCCAAUUGUUUGUUCCCUCAGUCCAGAUCACACCCCUGUCUCUUGUCAGAUUGAUCCCUGGUACUGAUCCAAGCACCAAAUCUAUCCCUAUAAUACAGGUGACCCCUCAUCCUUCCCCAAGGGGAAGUCCCCUCCCCACCCCAAAGGGCACACCAGUCCAUACUCCCAAGGAGAGUCCAGCGAGUACUCCGAAUGCAACACCACCGUCCAGCCCCAGCAUUGGAGGAAUGCCUUGGAGGACGCGGCUGAAUUCAAUCAAAAACAGUUUCCUUGGCUCACCACGGUUUCACCGCAGGAAAUUACAAGUACCGACGACAGAGGAGAUGUCAAGCUUAACUCCCGAGUCUUCCCCAGAACUUGCCAAAAAAUCAUGGUUUGGUAACUUCAUCAACCUGGACAAAGAGGAACAGAUAUUUGUGGUGAUCAAGGACAAGCCAUUGAGUUCCAUUAAAGCCGACAUUGUCCAUGCAUUUCUCUCAAUCCCCAGCCUAAGUCACAGUGUCAUGUCUCAGACAAGUUUCCGAGCAGAGUACAAAUCCACUGGGGGACCAGCUGUGUUCCAGAAGCCAGUUAAAUUCCAGGUGGACAUCACUUACACAGAAGGCAGUGAGGCACGGAAGGAGAAUGGGAUUUAUUCUGUCACCUUCACACUGCUGUCAGGUCCAAGUCGUCGGUUCAAAAGGGUCGUGGAAACAAUUCAGGUCCAGUUGCUAAGUACACAUGACCAGCCUUCCGUGCAACAGUUGUCUGGAAUUGUCCAGAAAACUUGUUAACUCUCCUCUGGUGAAUCCUAUGGCUGCGGACAUUUGUCGAAGGAGAGGCAGCUGAUAUCUUGGUGCAUGUGGGAACUUGGCGCCCUUUUGACGCUUAACACUUGACCAAACCGGAGCUGCUGCAUCCCAGGAAAAGGAACGGAAUUCCUGGGAGAGACUUGACACCCUUCAGCAGCAGUAUGUCCACCAGAGAGGGGAUAUGGGGGCGGGUGGGAGGGGAUGAACUAAACAGCACUGCAUUUAUUAAUAUGAGCUCCGGCAGCUACAGUGGACUUUUUUCUUUGUUGAAGCAGGACUUUGGUGAGACUGCUGCUGAUUGGUAAGAGAUCGGAGAGUCAGACAACAUAGCAGCAACAAAUAAAGCACGAACAACUGUACCAACCCUACUCUCUGUAUAUUUUCUGUUUGUCUCGUUGUGACACCUUGUUUAGCUGUAGAAAAAAAAACAGAUUCAAACACUGUGUUGCCAGUUAUAAGUUUGUCAGUAUUAUUUAUUUUCAAGGUAAUAUAUAUGUGUAUAUAAUAUAUAUAUAUUUUCAUCAUUUCACAAGGGCACCAUGUUCAACUGAACUGUGUUGCUAGUUUACUAUCAUGGGGGUUUGAUCACCCACCAGUGUAAAAGGCUACAUUUAUUGUGGACAUUUUAUAUAUAUUUUUCCCCCUUUCUGACCUUAUUUAUUGAACCCCAGUAAUUUAACAGAACGUCUCGGUGUAUGAAUGUUGUCUUUCAUUGUGAAUGACUUAUAGAGGCAACACUUACUGUAUUAAAGGAAAAAAAAUAUUUUGUCCAAUUUAUCAGAGCUCUGUGAACAAUAUUAACUUAUUCUGUCCCAAUUCAAGGAAAUUGUAGUAUAUGUUUAAAAAGCAAACAGUAAUUUAAAAAUGUAGAAUAGCAGUAGUGUCUGAAAUGAUUAACUUAUAUUGCUAUUUGUUAGUUUCAUAUCAGUGUGCGUGUACCACAGGUAAAUUAUUGAAGCAGUUCCUGUACAUAAUUAAAUUAACAAUGGACUUUGAACCACUGGAAGUUACUGUUAUUGAAUUUAUCUUGUAUAACUGUGUGCAUGUCAGACAUGGUUUUUUCUUUGCAUGAUGUUGCUGUAAUUGUUCCCAUAAUGCUCUGUCCUCUUUCUUGCUCUCCUCUGUGCCCACACUAAUUAAUGCUUCCUUACACUGUACCUCUGCAAAACUGCUGGACUACAACAUGGACGGUACAAGCAGGAAGGGGAAGAAAUAAAGCAAUACUUAUAUUGAUAUCCUUCCUAUUUUGUACUUUGGAGAAAAAAAAAACUUAUUUAACAGACCAACUAUCAAAAUGUACCAACCCACCCCCCACCCCCUUGUAAUAUAACUGUGAGCAACUUCAGUGCAAGAUCAAUAAAUUCAUUCAAUUCCA